GCCAGCUUUAAAUCUUCGGAUAUCAAUACCUGGUAAAGAUUUAUCUGACUAUAAAAUAAAUACCACAUCAAAUAUUCGGAACAAAAGCAGAUGAGUGAUCCGACCUCAAAAUAUCCGUGAAUUUUUUUUGGCUGAAGAAAUAAUAAAAAAAAGAAAUAUGAAAAUAUCUGUUUUUCUAUCCUAUCCGCGCACCGCUUCCUACCCCUGAUAUUUUCUACAGUCGCCGUCCCUUGCUCCUUAUCUUCACGCGCGUCUUCUUCUUCAGCCAACCGCGCCGCUUCCUGACGCGCGCCCCCUCAGUCCAUGGAGCUCCCUGCUCCUCUGCCCCAAGCUUUUUCCUCGCACGAACAGCCCUCCGCUCGGCUUCAUCUCCCUCAGGUGCCGUCGGCCGGAUCACCCAUGGCGAGUUUCCCCAGAUCGGCAUCCCUGCAGAGUCCAUGACCAAGCUCCCCCAUGGCGUCUUCCCCAUCCAUGGCGGUCCCUAUGCUCACGCCCUGAUGGCCGCCCUCUCUUUGCUCCUGGUGGUCGAGCUCGCCCCUGCCCAAGUUCGGUUGACUCUGUUUCCCUCUCUUUCUGUUGGUGGCUGGCGUCCCAUCUCCCCUGUAUUGGAUGGCCGUCGCUGGCGUUCGUCCCUGCUCUAGCUCUUCCAUGGUCGGCGCCUCUUUAGCUCCUCUCUGCCCCUGCUCGGACGGCGCGCCUGCUCCAGUGUCGCGCCCCUGCUCGACCACGCCUGGCCGGUUCUUCCUGCAACUAGCGCCCAGCCGAGCUCCUCCCAUCUUCUUCCUCAUCUCCAUAGCCGCGCGUCGUCAGUUCUCGGCCUUGGAGCUCCCAUGGCGCUCGGUCGCUCCUAUUUCCUCCCGGUUGCAGCUUGCUCGGUGCCCAGCCCCCAGCUCGGAUCCGCUGCGAGCUCACCGGAUCGCCUUCCCAUGGCCGCGUCUCCUCCCUAUUGUCGCGUCUCUGGUUCCCUGCUCGGCGCCUGAGAUUCCUCCCAUGGCCGGUGUUUGGUCCCUGCGCUCGUCCGGCCGAACUCCCUGGGCAUCGCGCUUGCUGUUUCCCCACGCGCGCGAGUUCGCCAGUGUUCGGUCUGCGCGCAGCCUCCCUCCCAACUCGGCCGCCUGCUUCUCUCCGCUGCUCGUCACGCCCAGCUGUAGCUCGUCGGAUCUCCCUCACCGGCGCGCGUUCCUCUCUCCGCUUGCCGUGCCCGGCCGAACGUCCCUGUGCAGCCCCAGUUCCUCGCUUCCGUUGUGUUCGAUUAAAUGUCGGAUCAAAAAUCCAAGUUGUCGCUCAUCCUCGCUGUGAAAUCCUCAUGCUCACCAUUCUCUAUUCGAUCUCGUCGUCAAGCUGAAGGCCGUCGUCGUUCAGGCAACUACCAAAUCGAGUUGUGGUGUGGUGAGCCGAUUCGCUAUUUUUACUAUCGGUUUUAUGAUCGUAAAAUAAGACGCUUUGUAUACGAAUACGAUUAAGUUAGAAAUACCAGUAAUGCGAGGUGUGCACUUGAUAAUUAUGGCUAGAUCCGUUAUUAUGUCGUUAGGUUGUGUGAUGUUAUGGGGUCGAUGGUAGAAGUGGAAUUCUAGCUGUUGGGCGAUGACGGGAAGGACGUUGUUUAUCGCAUGCUUAAUGUUUGAUGGAUAGUCUGAACUGGAAACAUCGUCGUUCU